AACAUCCUCUAAAAAAUAAAUAAUCAAACACAGGAGAAUUUAUAUCUGAAACAGAUAACUACGAUUUCGUCAACAUAUCAGUGUAGCUAUAAAAUACCGAAUAUUUAUCUUGCCGACAUAUUGAAGAUCUACUGUAACGUUACCACAAUUUACCUCGUCUAAACCGACAUUUCACAACAGCAGAAGGAUAGUUUGAUUGGCAAACUGAGCCGUUGGCAGAAGGUGUGUGACUGCUCUAUGGUGCGGACUCGCAAAUAGUACUGAGGCUACCCCUAAACCACCCUCAAGGCCCUUGGUGGCUGGCAGGCAGGACAGUCAGGUGGCACUACUGGCUGAACCAUGCCACUGUUCUUCAGGAAGAGGAAGCCAAGUGAAGAUGCCAAGAAGCGUCUGGAGUAUCAGCUGUGCUUGUCUAAAGAGGCAGGAGCUGAUGAUGUUCUGGACAUUUCAUCCUGUGAGCUGAGUGAGGUUCCCUCCAGUGCUAUCUCCAUCUGUAAAGUGCUGCAAAAGAAGGCCUUCAUACUCAGUGACAAUGAGCUGAAGUCUCUCAUCCCAAAAGGCUGUUCAGUCAUCUCCCUCUUUACACUGAAGGUCUUAGAUAUUCACAAUAACAAGCUGACAUCUCUCCCUGAUGACAUUGGACAGUUAACAUCACUCCAGGUGCUGAAUGUAGAGAAUAAUCAUAUUAAAGGACUACCACAAUCCAUUGGAGAUCUUUGCAGUUUAAAAACUCUCAAUCUGAAAGGGAACUGUCUGCAGGAGCUGCCUGCUGUGGUGGGCCACAUGAGGAGCCUGAAAACUCUGGACUUCAGUGAGAAUAAUAUCAGGGAGCUGCCCAAGGACUUGGCCCAUGCUCGCUUCUUGGAGAACCUGACCCUGGACACGUCGCUGAUGACCUACCCUCAUUCCUCUGUGUGCGCUGCGGGCACUGAGGCCAUUCAGAGGUUCCUGUGUGCCGAGCUGGGCCUGGAGUACUGUCCACCCUCAGAGUGGCAGAAUCCUUCCGAGCCUGAUGGGACGGCGAUGGAGACUAACAAUGUGGAUGAGCCUGACUUCUGGCAGAUUAAUUUCAUGGGCUAUGAGAAGAGAAAGGAGCAGAAGCAGCAGGAGAAGCUGCUGUUUGAGCAGGAGCUGGAGGUGAAGCAGAGGGAGCACGCCCACCUCGUCCACCUCAAGAACUCCAACAAGGAGAACGUCCUGAUGUCUGUCAGAGAGGAGCAAGAGCGUGUGGACAAGGGUCUGUCCCAGCAGCAGCAUGCUCUGGAGGUGGAGAGACAUCGCAUUCUGAAGAAGGUGCGCGAGGCAGAGAGCAGCGUCAUGGGCCGCAUCACUGGCCUACUGCGGGACAACUCUCGCCAACUGAAGACUGCUGAGAUACUACAGACCCUGGAGCAGGACAGGAUGCGUGUGGACCAUCUCACCGCUGUGACUCAAGAUGAGGCUGACUCGCUGCGGAAGAAAGAGGUGGCAGUGGCCAUGCAGAAGAUGCUGUCUGAGAGUUUCUCCAUGCGUCUGCUACAGGAGGCCAACGAGGGCAGGAGGCAAAGCCUGGUGACCGCGGCCUUCCAGAGUAUAGAGAAUCAGGACAAGAAACUGGAGCAGGUCCUAUUACUGCAGCAGCUGGACAAAUCUAAAGCCGUCGCUGAAAUCCUGCAGGAGGAGGAGAUACAGAAGGCUGCCUUUGAGGCCCUGCAGCUGCAGAAAGACAGUGUCCACGGUUAUAUUCGUAAUCAGAUUAAGCUAAUAGAAGCAGAGUUAAUGCAGCUGACAAAUCUGGAGGUAAAGAGGAGGGAUCUGGAUGCUGAGAACCUGCAGUUUGUGAUGUCGGAUCAGCGCACAGCCCUGUCGGACAUGCUGCAGGUGCUUCUGAAGCAGAAGGACCAGAGAGAGAAGGAGCUGCGGCACAUUCUGGUUGAGCUGGAGCGGAAGAGUGACUCCAGUCUGCAGAACUACUGGAUGAUCCAGUACCAGAGACUUCUGGACUCCAAGCCUCUCUCUCUGGCCAUGCAGGAGGCUGGCGUGGAGCGGGAUCUGGUGGACCUGCUGUCCAAGCUCUCUGCUGAGCACUACCUGCCCAUCCUGGCUCACCACCGCGUCACGUCCAAGGCCCUCAAUCACAUGACCGCCAGUGACCUCAGCAAAAUUGGUGUGAAUGAGGUGGGCAUACAAAAGGCUCUACUAAACUGGGCAAAGACACAUAUACCCAUGCCAACUAAGGUUGCCCUUGCGGCCAAGGCGGAUCCUGAGGAGGAGGAGGAGGAGGAGGUAGCCGGCCCGUCCCGGCCCAGCGCCCCCUCUCCAGAGGCCACGCCUCCCACGACCCCCUCGGCCCCGAGCCCCAGCAGCUCGGAGUGUGUGGUGUGCAUGGAGCGCGCGUCGCAGGUGAUCUUCCUGCCCUGCGGGCACGUGUGCUGCUGCUCCGAGUGCAACGAGGCCCUGCAGUCCUGCCCGCUGUGCCGCGCCGCCAUCGAGCAGCGCGUGCGCCUCUACCACGGCUGAGGAGCCCCCCCCCGAGAUCCGGCGCUCCGCCACGUCUCGGUCCAGUCGCCGACGCGCCAGCUCUGGUGCCGUGACUGUACGCGCGCGCUGUCUUUCUGCAUGCACUUUCCACCUAGUAGACUGUAAUCUCGCCCACCAAGGCACUAUCUUCAUCAUCGCCAUCUUCAUCAGCUCUGCCCUCUGCCAAAGAGAAGCUCGUUAUCAUUGGCCAAAGCCAUAUGUAAUAUCAGUCCAUGCCAGGGGAUGCUUCAGGGGCUCUAUGUGAGAACUCACAGGACGGCCCUGUGGUCUGUGGUCUGUGGUCCGGCCUUUUCAAGAGCAAGAGAUGCCAGUAUGGCAGGCAAUGCUAAAGGAAAUGGUACAUUUAGAGAGAAGUUUCUUCUAUUUUCAGUUUUCAUGCCAGUCAGGACUGUUCUUUUGUAUGUGUUUUUUUAGUGUGGGAAACUGCCAUUUGAGUCUAAAAUGUGAAGCCAUUUGGAAUGAUUAUUUUUGUGUUUGGUUGCUAUGUCUCUCUCACGAAUUUAGGUAUAUCAACAAGAGUUGUGUUGUUGUUCAGUACACAGAUGACUUGGAGUAUGUGAAAGGUCUUAUCUCAACACUUCCAUCUGUAAGUGCCCUAAACUGGACUGUAGGCUAUAAAUCUGUUUUACACGGACAGUGAAUGCUUUCUUUCAACACCGGAUCUCCGCACGUGUGCCUUUUCCCGUUUGUGACAUCUAUACGUCACGCCAAUCAUGAGCAGCACUCCAUAUAGACCAGGCUAUCCUCUCUCUUCCACUACUGGCAUAAAUGGCAGUCAGACUAAAGGUGCUUUGGAGACAGCCAAGACCAUCCAUGCUGUCCACAUCACAUCACCUUAUAACCACUCCACUCUCAUGUUCUGGUCAGUGUUGCCAGAUUGGGCGGGCGCUCGCCCUUUCUUUUGACUUUGUGGGGCGGGGGAAAAUAAGCUUCAGGCGGGAAAAUGAAAUGUUUAAGUUAAAGUUUUAACUUAAUUAAGUACGAAUUAAGUUCUCCAUGACAAAAUCGUUGUUAGGGCAUUUUUUUCUUUUUUUGCUGAAGAGGGCGGGUUUUUGAACGUGAUUGGGCGGAGAUCACUCUAAUCACCCUAAUCUGGCAACACUGGCUCGGGUGCCUCCACCCAUUUAACCCCUCACAUCCUCCCUCCAUAUGACAUGCAUCAUCCUAAAACUCCACACCUAAUUUCCACCCUUUACAAUCUCAAGUGACUUAAGUGCUCUUAUUGUUGAUACUAACAGUGCAUGCUUUCCAUUACAUUACUGUACAUAUACUGUAUGCUGACAAAUACUGAAUACAUAUUAUACUCAAUAAAUUAUUUAUCCCUUACAAAUCACGCCACUUGUUACUGAAGUUGUAAAUGGUGUAUUGUAGAUGCCAGUAUGCUUUAGGAAAAGAGUGCCUGACUUGCGCUAUACAGUUUGCUGUAACACAAGACAUUUUUUACCAUCACUAAACAAUGUCCUAUCCAUGUCAGUACAUGUUGACUGCACUAACACAAAAAAGCUGUCAAUAUUAUUACGUUACUCACCUUCAUUCCAUUCAUAGCUGUAAGAAAUGAAACUUAGAAUACAAUGAUUUCUAGGCCCACAUCUACUCCUUUGAUCUUUUGUACCCAUUGUAUUUUUCACAAACAAUUUGACAUAAUUUUGAAUUAGCAACUGCAUAUCAGAUCACUGUGGAAACUGAUGUUUUAUGGUGUGUAAUAUAUAUGUUAAUAGACAAGCUGCUAAUGUAAAGGUCUGCCUUGGUUAUCUUGGUUAGCAUAUCCAUCACUUGUAGGUGGGUAAAGCUGCCUUGGUUAUCUUGGUUAGCAUAUCCAUCACGUGUAGGUGGGUAAAGCUUCAUUAGUGUAUUACUAGUGUGCUGUGAAACCUAUGCAAAUAAAUGUACUCAGAUGUG